AUGAACAAGAAACGCCCUGCCCCGGCGGGCACCGUGUCCCUGCCGGCCCUCAACAAGAAGAGGAAGACGGACAACAUGCAGAAGUUUUACGCCGUCAAGGCCGGCUUCAAGCCGGGCGUCUACCUGUCGUAUGCAGACUGCCAAAAGCAGACGGCCGGCUUCAAGGGUGCUGUUUUCAAGUCGUUCACGUCGCAUGAGGAUGCCGAGGCCUUUGUCGCCGGCAAGAAGGUCACGGGCGACUCGAGCGAGCCCGAAAAGUUCUACGCCGUCGCCGUCGGCAGCCCCACGGGCAUCUACACCGACUGGAACGACGCCGCCGCCGCCAUCAAGGGCGUCAAGGGUCCCAAGUACCGGCGCUUCGCCAAGCGGUCCGAGGCCGUUGAAUACAUCAAGCAGCUCGGCAGCCGCGAAGCCAUUGAGGCGCUCGGGGAGACAGCCAAGGACCGGCCCGACCCCCCGCCGGCGGACAAGGCCAAGAAAAAGGACGUGGAGAUAGCGCUGCCUUCCGAGGACAUGCUCAAGAUAUACACCGACGGCAGCAGCCUGGCAAACGGCAAGGUCGGGUCGCGGGCCGGCGUCGGCGUCUUCUUUGGCGACGGCGACCCGCGCAACGUGUCGGAGCGCCUCGUGGGGGACCCGCAGACCAACCAGCGGGCCGAGCUUAUGGCGAUGCUGCGGGCGCUCGAGAUUGCCCCGGAGGGGCAGACGGUGCAAAUCAUCAGCGACAGCCAGUACUCGAUCAACUGCGUAACGCAGUGGGCCAUUGGCUGGAAGAUGAAGGGCUGGGUGACGGCGACGGGCGAAAAGGUCAAGAACCAGGACAUUAUCCGCGCCGUGCUGGACAGGAUGGAGGAGCGGACGCGGGCGGGGGCCAACACCUAUUUUCACUGGGUCAAGGGCCACAGCUCCGAUAGGGGCAACGUGGCCGCCGACCGGCUGGCCGUCCGAGGCGCCAAGAUUGGCUUUGGGUGA